CUUUGUCUCUUCUUUUUUACUAAAUAAUUAAUAAAAGAUGGCAUUAAAGAUAUCAUUAGUUUUAUUAUUCGUUUUACUUUUAUCAAAAUCAUUGUUCGUUGACUCUUCUCCAAUGUUCAAACGUGAUGAUGAUGAAAAAUGUGGUAUUACUAAAAACUCAAGGGAACCAAAAGGUUUGCCAUCUAUUCUUAACCCUGCUGCCAAAUUUAAAUUCUUACUUUAUGCUGCGGGAGAUCAAAUAUAUAAAUGCAACACAACGACUCCUCAAAAAUCUUGGGAUUUAGUUGGACCCAAAGCUAAACUUUUUGUUAAUCCCCAAAAAGUCGUUGGAGAUCAUUACUUCCAACCAACUCCUGUUAACGGAGGUAGAGCUACUUGGAACUCAACACUUGAUUGUGAUCAUUCUAGUGUUAUUGGAAGAAUUAUUCAAACAUAUCCUGUUGAACCUGAAAAUAUUCCAUGGCUCUUAAUUCAAACAACUAAAAAUGAAGGUGAAAAUGGAGCUUUUAGUGAUGUCAAAUUUGUAGUUCGUACAAACACUAAAGGUGGCGUUCCUCCCCCAAUAGGAGAAUGCGGAAAUAAAUAUUCCAAUAAUGAAUUAUUCAAAAGCUAUUAUACUACUCAAUAUUGGUAUUAUCAUUAAUUAUGAUUUAUUACACAUAUAAUACUUAUACAUUCAUAGACAAUUUUUAUGAUUUAAUAUGAUACUAUGUCGA